AUGAGGAGCCCCCCAACGGCCGUCAUGGCGGUGGCAGCGCUGCUGCUGCUGCUGGUAUCCCUGGCGGCGGCGGUGGCGAACACGACGGACAGGGAGCUGCACCAUCGGGUCUUGGCGGAGUUUAAGGCAGGGCACGGCAAGAAAAUGAGCGAGAAGGAGACUUGGCGGGUGUUUGCCGAGUGGAAGGCCAAGCACGGCAGGAAGUACAGCUCCGCUCGCGAGGAGGAUCGCCGUUACGCUAUCUUCAAGGAAAAACUCCGCGACGCCGAUCUGCACAAGGCCGCCUUCGGCCCCGACGCAGUUUUCGGCAUCAACAUGUUCAGCGACCGCACCGAUGAGGAGUGGAGAACCCUGAGCCAGGGACAUGAGCCAUAUAUACCAAGAGAAGGACGUGAUCCACAUAUGCUUCCAAUCUAUAUCUGUGAUGAUGGCCUCCGCGCCUCCCAAGCUGUCCCACUGACACACACUUUGUCUACUGAGCCAGUCGACUUUCGUCGUGGCACUCUACUUCCUAUGUAA